CUCAAUCAUCUUUAUCAACACCUCUUAAUGAUCAACAACAACAACAACAACAAUCUUAUCAUCAGCAUCAAUAUGGAUCUUUGGGAUCAUCUUCACAACAACAACAACAACAACAACGGGAUUUCCAUUCACUUGGGUCAACAGUCUUACCAAUGCCAAGUCUCAUGGAUCAAUUAUCAAAAAGAACCUUUACUGCCAAUCAUUUCGAUCAUCCGAUUCGAAGUUCUUACCCGAUCUAUCCUCUUACUCCUUCACCACCUGCUCCACCCGCUACUACUUAUGCUGAAGCUUCUUUUUCCCCAUGAUCAACAACUCAUAAAAAAAAAAAAAAACUUACACAGUCAUAUACCAAAACUACCACUUUUUCUAUAUAUCUAUAUUUUUGUCCAAUUUAUUAAUAAAAAAAAAAAAAGA